GACAACGCCGUCCUCGAAACGUCGGAGUGGAUCGAAUGUUGCCAAUGAGCCAUGGCGUUCAACACGACCCGAGAAGCCAAGUUGAUGGCGAGAAGAAGACUGAUGAUCGCCUUUUUUGUUGGAGUUCUGUGCAUCAUCAUAUCAGCGAUACUGAUGGCCAUCAAUCCCGUCCACAUCAUAGCUAAGUUUCAAACACGCAUUGCCCCCAACUCCCUCCCAUACCACCUACUCCAGUCAGAGGUGGAGGGGGUCCACGUGAAGGCAUACCUCUUCAAUGUCACCAACCCCGUGGAGUUCCUGAGCGGGAGGGACCAUAAGAUGAAGAUGCAGGAGAUCGGCCCUUUUAGCUACAAAGAACUUCGCUCCAACGAUGAUUUAGAGCUGGACCUAGAAGAAGGUGUGGUGCGAUACACGCCCAACGUGAAUGUAGAGUUCGUUCCUGAGGAGUCUAUCGGACGCCCAGAGGACAUCAAUGUCACCAUACCUAACAUUGCUAUGCUGAGCAUGACGGCCAUGAUGUCCUCAUACCCAUUCUGGACGCGGUUCGGCUACAACGCCUUGCAGAAACAGGUCGACUCACGAGCGAUCAUAACUGUCCCGGCACACGAGUACUUGUGGGGGUACGACGAAGCCCUCAUCACCGUGGGGAACACGUUCAUGCCCGGAUGGAUACACUUCUCCAAGAUGGGGAUCAUGGACAGGCUAUACGACAAGACGGUCCCGAAUCGGCUUGUAGUUGGUGCAAGAGAUGCUGAUAAGUUUGAGAUUAAGUCCUUGAACGGAGUCAGUGGACUACGGCCCUGGGGGUACGAGGAUAAUACGACCAGAACAAAAUGCAACACCUUCAUCAAUGCAUACGAGGGCGUGGCUUACCCGGACGACAUGACCCCUGACAAGGAAAUCCGGAUCUUCCGGAACGUUCUGUGCCGGUUCCUGGAGCUGGACUACCAGGAGCAAAUCACCAUGGACUUCGGAGCUGAUGCGUUGGUGUACAAGAUCAGCAACCGGACGUAUUCACCAGGGAAGGACAACGAGUGCCUCUGUGGCAAGGGGAUCUGCAUGGACGGACUGUCGGAUCUCUCGCCGUGUUUUUAUGGUCUGCCUCUCGCCAUGUCCAACGCGCACUUUCUAAACGCGCCUCCUGAAAUGUACGAGCGGAUCGAUGGCCUUCAACCGGACGAGGCCAAGCACGGAGGACGGUUUCUCAUUGAACCGCAAAUCGGAGCCGUAAUAGAGACGGAGUUCACAGUGCAGGUGAACAUCGUGAUGGGAGAUGUCAGCUUCAAUGAUGAGGCCAAAGCCAUGUCCGGCAUGGUUGUGCCGGUUGGAUACUUUAAAAUUAUACUCCCAGCUCUGCCUGAACACACCAAAGAUCAGCUCAAUCUCAUGUAUAAGACUGGACCUGCCAUCUUCUUAGCGGUCGAGAUAUCACUGUACAUCCUCGGCACCCUUCUCAUAACCUAUUCCUUCGUCCAAGUCUGCAGAACGUGGCUCUGCGCUGAUGAAAGAGCUAUUGAGUACCAGACCCCGAGUGAUGAGAAGAAAGCGACGAUACUGUGCGUCCCGUUGAUGGACUUUGAUUCUAAAAGCAAUAGUUUCUUGUGAUAAGUCUAGUUGAGGACCCAGCUGUGUCAUCAUCAUUAGACAACGAAUGUAAUGCGUUUAGACAGCGAACAUCGAAAAUCGAAUUUUCGUUGUCUGCUUUUCUAUCGCUCUUGCAUUAGGUAAUAGAGAUACCGAAAUUUCGAUUUUCGAAGUUCGGAGUUAAGGCCUCAGUAGGCAGGGAACCUUAUGGGUGAAAUAGGUGAAAGUAAAGUUGAACAAAACUAUUAAAUUUUCGGCAAAUCAUGAAAAAAUUUAGCGACAACUCAAAGAAAGUUGAAUAUAAGUGAACUUUUAUAUUUUGUCGAAUGAAAGGAUAAGGUGGUUGUAUUGCCUCACUGCGCAUAAUUGCCGUAACUGUAAUUAACCAAGCAAAGCAGAGGCAAAUCUGACAUAUUCCGUGUACAGCAAAUUUGCAUAGGGCUGUAAUAAAGCUUGAGACUAUUAUACUUAUAUUUUUUUACAGGUGGGACUGAAACAGGAGCAAAUAUUUAAACGAGUAGAAUUCUUAAGUAAUUAAGUGAUUUAAACACAAUAAAAUUGUGAAAUUUUUUGCUCGUGUUUUAGACCAUCCCGUAUAUUAGGCAUAGUUUAUACGUUGAUAGGUGCUAGCCGUAGCAUAUAAUUAUGAUAAUCAUAAAGGUGCGUUUUAAUGUUUGUCAGCAAGCAAGUCACGGCAUGUGACUUGCCACACAUGGUAACUGAUGUGCUAUCGAAAAGUUUCAUAAAUUGCGAAAUUUUGAUAUCUAGAUAAUAUUUUAGAAAUCUUUGGAAACUUUCCGCAAGUUGCAUAAAUAAAAACGCACCAAAAUAUUUAAAAUGUACCUAAUACAGGGUUACACCGUUUUGCUCAAGCAGUGAUAUUUUGCACUAGAAUAAAUAAGAGUAUUUAAGUCAUUUGUAAAUUUAAUUUUAAUUUACAAGGGGAAAUGCGUUUAAGGAUUUUAAGUAUUUAAUACUGAUCCAUUUAGGUUAUUUUAGGGUGUAUUCCUAUCUGUCCCCGUCCCACGUGAUCAAGGUGGGGACAGAUGGGAAUACACAUUUAGAAAUAAAUAUUACUGUGAUACGUGGAGGCACGUAAAACAUACUUACCUAAUAUUUAUAUAGGUACUUAAAUUGAGCAAUUUUUUGUGUUCAUUAAUAGACUUUUAUUAUAUUACCACCUAUAGAUUAUCUUAAAUAAUCCAAAUAAAUAUGAUAUCUAUAGUUUGUCAAAGGACUGUCUCAUUUGAAUGAUAGAUAGAGAUAAUCAUACUAUCUUUGUCUUGCACUAGUACCCAGAAGAAAAGGUUGAGUGUAGUUUUCCUGGUUCUUACUGACUGACAAAUUGGUUUGACCAACUAUAUAUUUGCCAUUAUCACAAAUGUUUAAUAAAAAAAAUAUAUUUAAUUCUAUUGCAGAUUGUGUUUAAGUUGUUUAACGACAUUGAUAAAUUUCACAUAAUUGCCAAUUUCUUGCGAAAAAUAUAAGUAUGCUUUUCUAUAUUUUGAUUGAUAUUUUAUCGAUUGUUGAAUAAAUGUUCUAUUUUACUUACUUAGUAAUUAAAUACGAAUUCGUAAAUAUUAUUUUCAAUACGUCCUCACACUCCAUGUAAAUAUUAUAAGUAGGUAGAUAAUUUUUUUGGUUUCGGAUUUAUAUAAAUUAUAUUUUAUACAAUUUUAAAAAUAAUAUGUUGAAAAUAAAAAAAGGAACAAAGGUACAAAAAUAAGCUAUUGUAAAUAAAAAAAUUAUAAUAUGAAAAUUACACCUUUCCUUUACAAAACCUUUUUCGCGAUAG